UGAUUGUAUUUAUAGAGGAUAUAUAUAUCUUUAUAUUGAGAAAUAUGUUUUUUUUAAAAGAUCUUACUUUAAGAAUUACCUUACAUCCAUCUUUCUUUGGUCCUCGGAUGCGUGAUUAUCUUAAGGCUAAAUUGCUUUCAGAUGUAGAAGGGACAUGCUCUGGAAAUUAUGGAUAUAUUAUUUGUGUUCUUGAUAGUAACAAGAUUGAUAUUGGAAAAGGACGUAUUGUUCCAGGGAAGGGAGAAGCAGAGUUCCAAGUGGGAUAUAAAGCGAUUGUAUGGAGACCUUUUAAGGGAGAAGUUUUGGAUGCGAUAGUAUCUACAGUGAAUAAGAUGGGAUUUUUUGCAGAUGUAGGACCUUUAUCGAUAUUUGUAUCGAGCCAUUUGAUUCCUUCAGAUCUUAAGUUUGAUCCGACAUCGAAUCCACCAUCAUAUGUUUCGGAAGAUCAAUUAGUAGAAAAAGGUGCUAAAGUUAGAUUAAAAAUUGUUGGUACAAGAAACGAUGCAACUGAAAUUUUUGCUAUUGGAACAAUCAAAGAGGAUUAUCUUGGUUGUCUUUAAAAAU